GGAUUGAAGUCCAAAAAGCCUGAUACUUUUCCUUAUUUCUGGCAGUCCUCAAGCAUAUGAUCUAAGUUGGGUCAAUUGAAUAUCUUUGCCCCUAACUGUGAAUAAGGAAUAGUGUUACAAGGAAGGAAGAAGAGUUCAGAAUUAGUCCCCGUGGCCUCCAUUGCCCCAUCGGGUCAGAGUCCGAGUGUCCAGCAGCAGUGGCCGCUAACCACACUGUUUCUUUGGCCGUGGGUACGGCUGUGUGCUUUCUCUAGGUUGCCAAGCUGUCUGGUCACCACCCAGGAAGUUGUUUUUCUACCUAAGGACACCACAGACACUUUCAGUUUUUGCCUAACUGAUUUGAUCACUGUUUAGAGUUGUGGGAAAACUUAUUAGCCUAAGGUUGCUGCAAGGCCAGUUUAUGGGCUCCGCAGUUUCCUAAGUGAUGAUAAAGAGCCUCCAGGACUAAGCUCCAGGAGAAAAGAGUCAUCUGGCUUGAUUACUGUGGUGUACCCUGCUCCUAGCCCAGGCCUCCAUCACAUGCGUUUAGUAAAUUUUUAUUUGAUUUUGACCUGAAUGAAUAAAAUAACAGUACUCAACUUUAGGCCUCCUCAACAUCUAUUUAAAUUUUUGGAUCCUGUCUGCUUUUAGCAUAGAAGGGAACAGAACUCAAAGACAAUGGCACUAAGGUGUUAAAUUCAGGUAGGUGGGAGGCUGUUUUUCCAGUGGCAGAAAUGAGGAAGCGGGGGAAAGAGCUUAGGUUUCGAUGGUGAUAAAUUGAACCUGUUAAAUGCUGUGCCUUUUACGUUUCGUAACUGGGUUAAACCGGUUGUGUCACUCCUUAGACAGCUCUGUACUUGUUUGAAUAGUACAAUAGUCCCUCCUACUGAACUUUGAUCCAGCGGAAACAACUGUUACCUAACUUCAGACCAUCAGUGGAACACCUGUACUAAGAAUGUUCUUCGGUUUAACUAGUUUUGUGUACCUGAUUUCUUUUAAACUUUUAAAAUGAUUAGAAAACUUUUUAUUGUCCUGCUUUUGUCAUCCGUGACUCUUGGAGAAGCCAGGAAACCCUUUCUCAGUUUGCUGAACAUAGAAAAGACUGAAGUACUGUUUUUCACAAAGUCGGAAGAAACCGUUGUUGUAAGGUCAAGUUACAGAGAUAAACAGCCAAACUCCAGCUACCUCCUCGUGCAACUGGAAGAUGAUAAAAUGCUCCAAGUGGUGAAUGUGACCAAGACCUUGUCGGACGUGACCAGCUUUACCAUAAAUCUGGUGACAGAUGGAGACGGAGAGACAAAUCUGACCGUUCAGCUGUGGGAUUUGGAAGGUAGGCGCGAAAGCCUCAUUGAAGAGAUAAAGAAUGUCCGAGUCAGAGUGCUCAAACAGAGACAAGACAGUCCUUUCCCGGCAUCAAACCUCAUUGACAGAAACAUCCUAAUGCUUUUUCUGCCAAUGAUACUGUUAAAUAAAUGUGCGUUUGGUUGCAAGAUUGAGUUCCAGGUGUUUGAAACAGUGUGGAAGAGACCUUUGCCAGUAGUUCUUGGGGCGGUUAUACAGUUUUUUCUUAUGCCAUUUUGCGGAUUCCUUCUGACACAGAUUUUGGCCUUGCCUGAGGCACAGGCUUUUGGAUUUAUAGUCACUUGCACGUGCCCAGGUGGUGGUGGGGGCUACCUCUUUGCUCUGCUUCUAGAAGGAGAUGUCACUUUGGCCAUCCUCAUGACUUGCACAUCAACGUUUCUGGCCCUGGUAACGAUGCCUACCAAUUCGUACAUAUACAGUAGAAUCUUAGGGUUAUCAGGUACACUGCAUAUUCCUAUUUCUAGAAUUAUGUCAACCCUCCUCUUCAUCCUCGCACCAAUGUCAGUGGGAAUAGCCAUCAAGCGUAGACUGCCUAACAAAGCCAACUUCUUGGAGAGGAUCAUCAGACCUCUGAGUUUUAUUUUAAUGUUUAUAGGGAUUUAUUUGACUUUCAGCAUGGGAUCGGUGUUUCUGAAAACAGUGAACCUCGAGGUGCUUCUGUUGGGUGUCUUAGUUCCUGCUUUGGGUUUGUUGUUCGGGUACUUUUUCGCUAAAAUUUCUAUGCUGCCUCUUCCUGUUUGUAAAACUGUCGCUAUUGAAGGUGGGGUCCUGAAUAGUUUCUUAGCGCUUGCCAUCAUUCAGCUCUCCUUUCCCCAGUCUGAUGCAGACUCAGCUUCUGUGGCUCCGUUUACUGUGGCCAUGUGCUCUGGAUGUGAAAUGUUACUGAUCCUUCUGUUCUACAAGGCUAAGAAAAGAUGCAUCCUUAACAUCGAAGAAAAAAGAGUGAAAAAUCCCCCAGUCUAACGGUUAAAGCUUUCCUGAAUUUUCCUACUCUGAAUGAGUUACUGUGUGAGAUGUGAAGAAUAUCUGAGAUGAUUCCUGCUCUCAACUCACUUAUGAUCUGAUUGAUAACUUGACAUUAGGGGAGAAAUACAGUCAUAUGUGCCUAAUACCCAGUGGACAGUCCAGACUGUUAAAUGUGCAGGAAUUCAGAAGAAGGAGACUACUAUAGCAUUGGAUUGGAAUAUAAUACCUUAUUAUGAUAUAUCCCAAGUAUUUACAGGAGGGCUGCCCUUCCACAAUAGGCGUUUGGUAACCACUCACACAGUGAAGGGACAUGUAAAUUCCUAUUUGAGACCAGUCUGUCUUAAAUGCAGCAUCUCUGGUCUCCUUGGUGUCCCUCCCGUCGUCUCCACCGGAGAUGCUGCCGUUUGCCCUGGAGCAUGGGGUCCUCUCUCCCCACUCUUCUCCAUUCUCCCCUCCUCUUUCCUUCAUUGCAGUAGAACUGUUUCCUACAGACAAUCUCCUGUAAUACCUCUCUAUCGGUCUCCUCUCCACUCUCAGUCCCACUUUGGUUCUGCCCUAGAUCUCUGCCUCCCUAAACCUUUCUUCCCCAGCUUUUGGCCUCUCUGUCUACUCUCCAAUCACUGGCAGAUUAAUGUUCCUAAAACUUAACUUUGAUCAUGUGCUUUCCCUGCUGCAAAGCCUUGUCACCUCUUGAAUAAAGUCUGUAUUCCUAGUGAGGUAUUUCCUACUCUCUGCUGACUUUAGCUUUCCGGUUUUAUCUCCUCUCCCACUUUUUACACACAGGCUUUGUUCCAGUCAGCAGAUAACUGGGUCACUCAUGACUGUGCCCUUUGUUCACAUUGUCCCUGCAACCUGAGGGGCCCAUAUCAUCUCUGUCUAAAUUUUGACCAUUCUCAUAGACCUGGCUCAAACACAAGCUUUAACUAAUCCCUGUUAGCUACCAGGAAUUGAAGUUUCCUCUAAAUUCUCAUCACAGUUUUUUACAUUCAUAGUAUUUAGCCAGUCUGGCUUGCAUUACAGUUCUUUGUGUUCCUAUUGUAUUCUCCCUAUUUUGCUAUAAGUCUUUGAACAUGCAUUUUAUAAACAUAACGUGUAAACAAUACAAUAUAAUAAGUUUGUAUAAUAUAAUAGCAUAAACAGUAUAAUAUAAACAGUAGAAUAUGAUAAUGGAAACAAUAUUUAUUUUGAUACAUAAUGUCUAGCACAUUUCCUAUGUGCUGAUUCAGAUAAAGUGUUGAAGCACAGACUAGGGCCCAAAUGAACAGUAUGCUUGUUUUUAUACUAACAUUGAGUUUUUCAAAGGCAAUUUCUAGUAUCUAGUUUCAGUUUUCACUUUUUUCCAAAGAGAGUGUGGGCAUCAAGAAAGAGAAAUACCACUCUAAAUAAAUCUGCUUCCCACAUUUCACAGGCCUGUAGUUGUAGGCAAAUUACUUAAUCACCCUGUAGUACCAUUUCCUCAUCUAAAAAAUGGAGAUAAUAGUGUAAAUGCCAUCAGAUUGUCAUAGGAGUUAACUGAGAUCUUAUGGACAGUGUACUUAGAACAGGGUACAUGCUCCUCAAGUGUGAGCUGCUAUAAUUAUUUUACUACACUUCAAACUUUUGACCCUUGUGUACCUACUACUGUUUUGAAAUACCAAUCUGAUAACUUUAGUGUGGAGGCUAAAACUUUGAACAUUUUCCUAUCAGUGUCAUUCACCAUCUUACUACAGUAUUAGGGAACUUUUGUUCAGUUUGCCAACUGACAAGACAACCAUAGUUCUUUUUUUCUUAUUUUAUUUGUAUUCAGUAUUUGAAUACCAAGAUUUAUCAAAGCCCUGGUUUGGCAUGGUGAUGGAUGGUUAUUAUUCAUUUUAUAAAAUGAUAAUUGCCUACAUGAAACACUUUACUGUUGACUCUAUUAAAACAGAAAUCUCAAGGCAUUAAAUUAUAAUUAAGCUUGCAUACAUUUGACUUUUGCACAUUUUCAUGAACAUAUUUUACUGAUCAGGAGACAAGAAAUCGCCUUUCUAGUUGUACUUUAUCCUUAACCUUGUGGCUUCAAACAAGACAUUUCUCUGCAGUUCAGUUUUCAGAUUUGUAAAAGGAAGAGAUUCAAUUGAAGUCUAAAAUAUUGCUCAACUCCUACGCCUGUAAUUCUGGCAUGAAACUCUGGGUCACUGACACCACAGACGGUGAUGGAUUCAGGUUGACAGUAAUAACCACCCACAGCAGCUGCUUUCUCCUGGAGGCAAAAACCAAAGUACGAGUUUCUUGAAGGCGGAGACCACAUGUUAUUCUUUGAAUUCCUUGUACUUUUUAACCAAUGCCUUUAAUCAAGUUAGUGCUCAGAAAACAUUGAGUUAAUUAAUCAUUAAUGUCUAUAAAAGUCAAUAUCAUAUACUCAGAGGCCAGGUUGUGCCUGGGGCUUCAUUUCCAGCUCUGUCACCAACUGGGUGACAUUGGUCAAGUUACUUAGUCUCUCUGUGCCUAAAUUGAUGUGGAAAGUGGGGAUAAUGAUAAUACAUACCUAAUGGUAUUUUCGUGAGGAGUAAAUGAGUUAACAUUAGUAAGAUUCUCAGAAUAACACCUAACAUACAGUAAACUCUGUAAUUAUUAUGGUUACUCUAUGCAUGUUUGAUCUUGCACUUAAAAGCAGACAAAUGUGUAUGAAUGGAACUUGGAAUGUAUUUCAUUCAUCUUACAGAUAUAUCAUAUUGAAAUUUUACCUGAGAAAGCUUGUCUAAUUUAGAUGGGGAUGAAGUUAUUCAAGCUCCUUAUUUGUUCUUUAAGAAUGAGAGACAUAAAGCAGGCUACCUAAUUGCUUGAGUUCAGACCAACAACUUGUCCAGCAAUAAUCAGUAUCAAGGCUACAGAGAACAAAGAGCUUUAUUUGAGGUUUUCAUAACUGCAGUUCAAGAGACACAGGUUCGGGUAAACCUGAAAGAGUAUCACAGGGGAGAAAGAGUCAGGAGCUUGUACAGGUGCCAGUUAUAAGGAUGCUCACGAAUUUUGACUGACCUUGAUUAAAGAAAGGAAAUAAUUGUCCUUAGGGGACAGGCUGUCGUUUGUCAUUUUAGGUUAAGGGCUCGAUAAUAUCUUGAGUUUCUGGAGCACUGGGUAGAUGUUCUGGGUGCUUGUGUUAAGAUAUUAAGGUGUGUUUGGGCUGAGACAUAAAUCACACUUCCUCGAUGGCAUCCUAACUACCAGCUCCAUCUUGAUUUUCUUUUCACACAUUUCACACAGCCAUGAUUGGUUAGACAAAAGAUCCAGGGGUAAAGGGGUAAGUCGUGUUUAAGAAAAGUUUCAAUCCAAUUUUUAAUAGAGAUGAUUCUAUGAUAUAUAUAUAU